UCCUCCUCCUCCUCCUCUUCCUCCCCUCAGGUCAGAUAUAUAAUCUGUCCGUCAGCAGCUGGAGGAAGAAGAAGAGCAUCAGUCGUCCAGACAUGGCGUGGCUCCAUCAGAGUCGAGGUUCUCCCAGACUCGUCCUGGUGGUUGUUUGUGUCGCUCUGCUGCUCGACAACAUGCUGCUGACUGUGGUUGUGCCGAUCAUCCCGACGUUCCUCUACGCCAUGGAGCAUCCCAGUCCAGAGCCUCAGACCGCCCAGCCCUCCCUGCUCCCGCUGCCCAGCCACGGUGCACCACGCUUGGGCACGGUGCCCUCGCAGUCCCCCUCCCCCACGUCAAACCUCCAGACCUCACAGCUCCCUCAGCCCAGCCGCAGUGCACCGGUCCUGGACACACAGCCAGAGCAGAGGCCUCCUCCCAGCUUCCCUCCUCUGGUGUCCCUGUUCGACAACGCCACCUUCAGUCUGCAGGAGAUCCGGACUGAACCGACCGCCGACGCUGAGCCCACAGACCAGACCAGCUCAACCACAGACCUGCAGCCCAACGAGACUGCAGAGUCCUCCUGUCUUCAGGACAGUUUGUUUCUGGAGGAGGAAAACGUUCGUGUUGGUUUGCUGUUUGCCUCUAAAGCUCUCGUCCAGCUGCUCGUCAACCCAUUCGUCGGCCCGCUCACCAACAGGGUCGGCUAUCACAUCCCCAUGUUUGCUGGGUUCAUCAUCAUGUUUGUGUCGACCAUCAUGUUUGCGUUCUCAGGGACCUACGCUCUGCUGUUCUUCGCUCGCUCUCUGCAGGGAAUCGGCUCUUCUUUCUCCUCAGUGGCAGGUCUGGGUAUGUUGGCGAGUGUGUACACAAAUGAUGAGGAGAGAGGCAUCGCCAUGGGCAUCGCACUGGGAGGACUGGCUAUGGGAGUCCUGAGUGAGACACACACACACACACACACACACACACACACACACACACACACACACACACACACUUCCUGUCCAUCGUUCCCAUCAUGCAUCACUCUAAAUGCCGUGUGUGUGUUUCCUGUUUCAGUCGGGGCUCCGUUCGGCAGUGUGAUGUAUGAGUUUGUGGGGAAGAGCGCCCCCUUCCUGAUUCUGGCCUUCCUGGCUGUGUUUGAUGGAGCGUUACAGAUGUUCAUCCUGCAGCCGUCGAAGAUCUCUCCCGGGAGUGUGGAGGGGACCCCGUUACUGACGCUGUUAAAGGACCCGUACAUCCUCAUCAGUGCAGGUUCUCUGUGUUUUGCUAAUAUGGGUGUAGCGAUAUUGGAGCCGACUCUUCCGAUCUGGAUGAUGCAGACGAUGUGCUCCCCUAAAUGGCAACUUGGUAUGGCCUUCCUUCCUGCCAGCAUCUCCUACCUGAUAGGAACAAACCUGUUUGGUGUCCUGGCCAAUAAGAUGGGACGGUGGCUGUGCUCCAUGUUGGGGAUGUUCAUCGUUGGGAUCAGUCUGCUGUGUGUUCCUUUUGCCACCAGUAUCUACGGUCUGAUUGGACCUAACGGCGGUCUGGGCUUUGCGAUAGGUAUGGUCGACUCCUCCAUGAUGGCCAUCAUGGGUUACCUGGUCGACAUCCGUCACGCCUCCGUCUACGGCAGCGUCUACGCCAUCGCUGAUGUGGCGCUGUGUAUGGGGUUCGCUAUAGGACCGUCCACAGGGGGCGCUCUGGUCCAGGCGGUGGGUUUUCCUUGUCUCAUGGUGUUUAUCGGUGUGAUCAACAUCCUGUACGCUCCACUCUGCUUCCUGUUACGUAACCCCGCUGUCAGAGAGGAGAAAAUGGCGAUCAUCGACCAGGAGUGUGUGAUGCACAGGAAAAGCUACAACACACAGAAGGAGAGUCGUGAGUUUCCUCUGAGCGACUACAGCGAAGAAGAAGAGACGGAGGAGUGACACACACACACACACACACCUGAUGUUGUGAUGUCGUCUCCGUACACGUUUUACCUUCAUCAUCAACUUCCUGUCGUCACACAGUCAGAACAGAGCAGACGUCAGUGUCCUUAUAGAUAUCAUUGAUCAUGGAUCGUUGAUUGGUUUUGGAUUGGGGAUCAAUACUGUUACAGUUUGUCAUUAUUGAUUCAUGGAGGCUGUUUCUGAAGCCGCGUGUGUUUACAGAGUCACUGAUGUUAAUAAAUGCAUGAAAACGUCAUUAAAAGAUGCCGAUUGCCUCCAACUGGCCGUUAGCUAAGCCCCACCCCUUAGUUACUGUUGCUAUGCGUGUUGCUAAUAAAGUUUACGGGGAAAAACUCGCAGAUUUACGACAACGUUCAACAAAGCAGCUUCUCAUGUUAGGUAGCAAAAUUCAAUGAAUCGAUCAAUGAAUUACAUUUUUUUAACUUUGUUGAUAAACUGAAUAUAUUUUAUUUUUGGUUAAAAAUCGGAAACUUUUAAUUAAUUUCUGGGAUUUUUUAACGAUACGUUAACUCCUAAUCUGGGUAAUAAGGUAGUUAGCCGCACACGCUAACGGUAGUUUAUGUUAAUCUAAAGCUGCGGAGGUCAGUUGGAAUCAAUUCUGUGUUUUUAACUUCAAGAUUACGUUUAUUUUAAUGUCGGACGUUUCUAUAAGAACAGUGUUAACUUCCACUAAUGAGAGGAGGACGGCCCACCUCCCUCUGCCUCCCUCAACCUCCCUCUGCCUCCCUCUGCCUCCCUCAUCCUCCCUCAACCUCCCCCAACCUCCCUCUGCCUCCCUCUGCCUCCCUCAACCUCCCUCUGCCUCCCUCAACCUCCCACAACCUCCCACAACCUCCCCCAUCCUCCCUCUGCCUCCCUCAACCUCCCUCUGCCUCCCUCUGCCUCCCUCAACCUCCCUCUGCCUCCCUCAACCUCCCUCAACCUCCCUCAGCCUCCCUCUGCCUCCCUCAUCCUCCCUCAACCUCCCUCUGCCUCCCUCAACCUCCCUCAGCCUCCCUCUGCCUCCCCAACCUCCCUCUGCCUCCCUCUGCCUCCCCCAACCUCCCUCAGCCUCCCUCAUCCUCCCUCAACCUCCCUCUGCCUCCCUCAACCUCCCUCUGCCUCCCUCAACCUCCCCCAACCUCCCUCAUCCUCCCUCAACCUCCCUCUGCCUCCCUCAACCUCCCUCAACCUCCCUCAUCCUCCCCCAACCUCCCUCAACCUCCCUCAUCCUCCCCUAAAUAAAUCCUACUGAAGAAUUAUUAUUAUUUGAAAGGGUUUGUCAUUACUGAAAAAUGUGUUUGUUUAUGUUUAUUUGUCUUUAAUCUUCAUUUUUCUCUUCAAAGUGUUGAAACUGAGUCUGUAUCUGACCUCUGACCUCUGACCUGUGCCUCCAUUAAAACCUGCUGUAACCUGAA